CUAGCUUUAAACCAUUUAGGCCUUGUUUACCUUUUAUAUGUGUCACACAUAUGAUUUCAAAACUAAACUGGAUAGAUUUAUUGCAUGUUACGUGUCAUUUAGUUUCUAUCAUCUCACUGUAAAGCACUAAGUUCCUCUGUUUCGAGCUUCUCUAGUUUCAUCACAAUCGCUCAUUAGGAUGCAGAACACAAGAGCUACGAUCAGGACUGCAGAAAGCAGAUAACUGAUGAGUUGUGAAGGUUUUCAGUGUGGUGUAUACGUCGAUGAAUACAAGUAACAAUGUCAUCAACUAUUCAGCCCCACCGACGAAACAGCAAGGAUGUUCCUCCCAGAUUGGCAUCACAUCCUGAUGCCAUCCUCAUGAAUCCAGGUCCUCCAGCACUUUACCAACUGAACACAGACAGAACAUAUAUUGAUGGGAAUCAAAAAAAGGUCAGACGAUGGACAUAUGGAAGAAGAGACAGAAACAAGCAGAACAAAGUCAUACUGAUGGUGGGAGAAACCGGUGCUGGGAAAACCACCCUCAUCAACACCAUGAUCAACUACUUACUGGGAGUGAAGUUUGAGGAUGAAGAGUUUUACCAAAUCACAGAAGAAGAAGAUUUAGAAGAAUCAUUAACCCAGACAUCUGAGAUCACUGUUUAUGAGGUGUUUGUUGAAGAAAACCCAACAUCUCUGACCAUCAUUGACACUCCAGGAUACGGAAACACUGAAGGAUACGAGAAAGACAGAGAUAUUUCUGAGUAUCUGAUCAGAUUAUUCUCAGAUGAGGAUGGGAUUCAUUACAUUGAUGCAGUGUGUUUUGUGAUGAAGGCGACUCAGAAUCGACUCUCUGGAAAAGAGCUUUACAUAUUUCACUCAGUUCUUUCUCUGUUUGGUAAAGAUAUAGAGAACAACAUAGUGUUUCUGUUCACACAUUCGGAUGGACGACAUCCAAGAGAUGCUCUCAGUGCCAGUAAGAAAGCCCAGAUUCCCUGCAGAAGAGAUGGGAAAAAACAACCUGUUAAUUUCUUAUUCAACAACCAGCAGAAAGAGAAAAGAGACAAUCUGUCUGAGAGUGUUUUGAAAUCAGCCUGGGAAAUGGGAGACGAAAGCAUGAAUGAGUUUUUGACACUGCUGGAAGAAAAGAACAGAAAAAGUCUUCAGAUGACAUUAGAUGUUCUGAAAGAGCGAAGACGACUUGAGACCUGUGUCUCUAAUCUGAAGGAGCGAAUCCCUGAGGAGGAGGUCAAAACUGAAGAACUGACUGCGAUUCAGGAAGCCAUUAAAGAGCAAAGAGACAAGAUUCAGAAAUGUGAAAACUUUCAGUUUACAGUCAGAACCGCUGUCAAAGAAAAAGUCCCCACAGACGAUGAAUGGUGGUGGAGCAGAAACCAAACCUGCUGCAAUGUGUGUGAGGAAAACUGUCAUAAGAAAUGCUGGGAAGAUCCCUCAAGCUGUGAAGUCAUGACAAAAAGCCACUGCACUGUGUGUACAGGAAAGUGUCAUUACAGUGAACAUGUCAGAGAGAAUAAAAAAUAUGUGGUGAAGACAAAGACCAUCACGAUGACAUUUCAUGAGCUUAAACUGGAGUAUGAACGCACUGGUGAAAAGCCUAAAACCAGCUUUGAUAAAAAAAUAUAUGAAACUAUUUCAAACGAACAUGAAAGAAAUAUGAAAGAAUCUGAGAAUAACACAGAAAUAGAAGAAAAACUGAUCAGUGAUCUGGAGAAGAUUGCAAAUGAAAAGUCCAAACUGCUGCAUGAAGCUUAUAUCAUCAUCGCGAGUCUGUCUGAGAUCGCAUUAAAAGCAGACAGCGCUUUCACUCUUCAGCAUCUGGAUUUCUUGAUUCCCAGACUGAAGGAGGAGGGAAAAGAUGAAUGGAUGAAGAACCUGGAGGAUCUGAGGAAAGCUGGAGAAGAACAGAAAAAUAAGGGGGCUUUACAUCAUGUGACGGAUUUCACUGGGAAAAAAUUGAACCAAUUUGACAAUCGUGUAGCAGCUGCAACGGCAUCAUCCAUUCAUCACCACCGGCGCAAAAGCAUGGAUGAACCUCCCGAAAUAAUAGCUGGAGUUAUUCGUCUCAAAGAUGAAUUUAUUGAACUCUACGAGAAAGAUCACCCUCAGCUCCAGCAGUGCACAGAGAGACUGCGUCAUAUCAUCAAAACAUUUGAAAACGGUUGCAGAUGUGCCACUGAAGGCUCUAGAAUUGCAGGAUGGAUGGGGAUAGGUGGAGCUGCUGCUAUAGUUGCAGGAUUAGCUUUAGCUCCAUUUACUGUAGGGGCUUUUUUUGCUGCUGCUGUUGUUGUUCUUGCUUUCGCUAUAUAUACAUUCAUAAGUGCUCGAUGUAUAAGUGUAAGCUGCAGCUCUCAGAAAAAGCGCCAGAUGACACGGUUAAGAAAAUGCAUUGAAUCUGAACGGAAGGAAUUUCAGGAUAAAACCACCCCUAUGGCUGAAAAGAUGAAAGACAUUCUUGAGCGUACGGAGAAAAUAUUGGGAGAGCAAGAUGCCAUAUGGAUAGAAGAGGUUGCUGAACUGACUAAGCAGGUGUCUGAAACUAUGACUUUAAUUUCAGAAGUUUAUGGUGGGUUCAGCCUUGUGUUUAACAUGAUCUCAGCUGAAAAUACCAGGACGCUCGAUGACAUGGACAAACUAGCAGAAACACCCAUAGAUGAAGAAAUAGAUGAAAGUGAGAUGAACACAAAGGCUGGGGAAUUCAUUGUUAAAAUGAGGAAAUUAAUUAAUCAGUUACAGAACAUUGUUAAUGAACUUGAGAAAACAAAAGACAAACUAGCAGUUUAUUAGGAUACAAACUGAAAACGGCUGAGGGAAGUUAUUGCUCGAUCCAUCUGAACGAUCAAUUCAACUAGUGACCAGCAUCUCAUUACAGCUAAUAAAGUCAGGUCACCUUUACUUUUGUAGUGCUUUAUACAAUAGUGAUUGUUUCAAAGCAGCUUCACAGUGAUAAAGAGGAAAGUAAUAGAAUCAAUGAUGUAAACUUUGAGGCAAAUCCAACAGUCAUACUUGUUCUCAGUAGUGUCAUAAUUCA